AUGUUCCGCCGACUCAUGAGGCCGAGCGCCCUGCGCGCGGCGUCAUACCAGACACCUGCCUCCGCUCUGCGAUUCCAGACCCGCGCCCUGCACCGAAUCCCUCAAUUGCAGCAUGAUGCUUACUAUAAGGAGAAUGGUGUUCCGGAGUUCAUGUCGCCCGAGGCUUUCGACUUUGCCUGGACUCAAUAUCAGACUCUCCUCGUUGACAAGCUCAACCUCUUGACGCAAGACACCGUCGAUGCGGACGCUAAACCCGGAGAGUUGCUGGUCAAGUACUCCAAGCGCCCGGAGAUGGCUUCGGUCUUCAACUACGCCUCCAUGGCUCACAACAACCACUUUUUCUUCAAUUGUCUUUCUCCCACCACCACCAAGAUCCCCGAGAAGUUCGCCAAAGACAUUGUUGAUACCUGUUCCUCCGUCGAGUCCUUGAAGAUGGAUUUCCUGGCCACUGCCAAUGCCAUGUUCGGCCCCGGUUUUGUCUGGUUGGCUAAGAACCUCGAGCGCGAGGGUCUCAUGCAGAUCUUCUGCACCUAUAACGCCGGCUCGCCCUACCCAGCCGCCCACUCCCGAAGACAGCCCGUGGAUAUGGCCACACACUCCCCGGAUGCGCCUCUCGGUAACCAGUUCGCUGGCUCCAUGGGUGCCCACUCUCAAAACCAGAAGAGCCUUGCACCCGGCGCUAUCGACGUGCAGCCUAUUCUCUGCGUAAACACCUGGGAGCACGCUUGGAUGAUGGACUAUGGAAUUGCUGGCAAGGAGGAGUACCUUGAGCGGUGGUGGGACCGAAUUAACUGGGAUGUGGUGUUUGACAACUACAACGCCGUCAGCUCAGUAAAGGGUGCCCGCAACUCGGUCACCCGGGACCGCAGUCUGAGCAUGCUCUAA